AUGUCGAGUGGCAAACAGAACUCCCCACAUCGGUCACAGAGGCCUCGAAGCCAGCGACGAGAAAGACAACCGGCUCUUACACACUUCCUCUGCCUGCCACUAGUUAAUGAGACAUCACUUCCGCAGCUAGAAGCGUCAAUAACCGCGUUCACGGCGGCCCAUCCGCCAGUCCCAGUCGCAAACUUGUCAAGCGGCCAGCAGCUGACGUCGGGGCAGGAUGCCUCGCACGCGGCUAUUCCGCAGGGUGCAGUACGGCCAGUGGGAACAAUCCAUCUGACCCUCGGAGUAAUGAGCCUCCCAACCAAGGAGCGUCUUGACGAGGCAAUAGCUUUCUUCCAAACGCUCGACCUGGCGAGCUUAAUGCGAGAGGCGGAGCGAGUAGCCUUUGAAUUACGUCAAAAGCGCGCCUCGAAAUUACCUUCGUCUGAAGUUGGCCCCAAUAUGAUAGGAGCCUCAUUCGUUUCAUCGGGCUCAUCAUCGGGCUCAAGACAAACGGCCCAGUCGCUCUCUGUUUCCUUGGAGUCAUUGCAUGCUUUGCCACGGGCCAAAGCAGCGACGGUCCUGCACGCUUCUCCAAGCGAUCCCACGGGCCGUUUAUAUCCAUUCUGUCUAAUGCUGCGAGACAAAUUCCUCGAAGCUGGGUUCAUGUUGAGCGAGUCUAAGAAUGGAUUACCUGGGGAGAAGAAGGACCCGAAAGUCGUGGACGAAGUGCAGGCCUCCCAGUGCAAAGAUUUAGAGAGGGAUGAUAACCCUCUUCUUGAAGAUCUGACAACGCUCCCCUCGCAAGUUGAGGGCGUCAAGGUUCCAAAGAUUUUGGACCCGUAUGCUGCUGCUCUUGCUCGGAAGCCGAAACCGCGCCCUCUUCUUCUACAUGCCACACUUGUGAAUACGAUUUACGUCCGCGGUCGACGGAAAUUCGAGCCUGGUAGAAGUGGAAAUGGAAAGCACGGUUCGAAGCGGCUUGAGUUUGAUGCACGUGAACUUCUGGCAAGAUACCGGAACUACUAUGUUGAUGAGACGCAAACGGCGGCACGCGCUCUGACGCCUGCUCAUUCUGGAUCCUCGUCGGAGAAUUCCUCAUUCUCCGAAGGUGACGAGGUCAAGUCCAAUCCUGGUACCUCGUCUGCGUCCUCCAGUCGACAAUACCCAUUUGUCUGGGCGAGGAAUAUCCCGAUCAACUCAGUCUGCAUCUGCGAAAUGGGUGCGAAAAAGCUUGAGGUCGGCGGUCCAGGGGAUCAAGGGUUAAAUGCACGCCUGGGCGAGGAAUACACUGUCAUCGCAGAGCGGAGUCUUGAUUCCCGGCCGCGUUCGCCAUUACCCUCCUCGGAGAGCUGUAGCGAGGAGAGUUUAGAAGGGGGCGUGGCGCUUGUCUGA